AUGCUGACAGCAAUUGGCAGGGCCGCCGCCCGCCGAGUUCUACAACCUGGCAGAACCGCCGCUUCUAGACUCACCACACGAUUGCCCCGAGGAUCCGUGGGCUAUCGCUCCCCCAAUGCAUUGAGUAUCUUUGCCGCCGCCCGGGCCCUGAGCGUGUCGGCGCGGGUGCGCUCGCCGGCCAAGGCACCCGGCAGCAAGACGAAGAAAAGCAGCAGCACAGCUACGAAAAAGAAGAAGGCUACUGCGACUAAGAAAAAGGCAACUAGGAAAAAGACAAAGAAGGCCGCUACACCAAAGAAGAGGACCAAGAAGGAGCUGACGCCUGAGGACAAGGAGAAGGCGGAGCUGGGGCAACUGAAGAAAAUGGCUCUGCUGAAGGGACCGUCCCUGUUGCCCGACUCGGCGUGGUCUGUGUACACGUCCAGGAAUAUUGGUACUGGUGAAGGCACAUUGACGGACAAGAUCAAGGGGCUCUCGAGUAGGUUCGCCGAGCUGUCCGAGUCGCAAAAGGAGGACCUCAAGUCCACCGCCCAAUCUAACCAAAACGCCAACAAGACAACUCGCCAGAAAUGGGUCGAGUCCCAACCCGUGGAGGCCAUCUACCUGGCCAACAUUGCCAGACGCCGCAUUGCCCGCAAGACCAACAAGACGCGCCUCUUCCUGAUUCAUGAUGACCGCCUGCCCAAGCGUGCCCGCAGUCCCUACGCGCUGUUCAUCAAGUCCCGCUUCUCGCAGGUCAACAGUCAACCUGGCAGCGGCACGUCACAGGAUUCGUUCCGUGCCAUGAGUGAGGAGUGGCGAUCCAUGUCGGAGUCGGAGAAGCAGCCGUUCAAGGAGGCGGCGGUUUCGGAGUCGGAGAAGUCGGCGGUACUCUUUAAGGAUUUGAAGGAGAAGGCUAGAGCGUAUUGGAAGGCGCAGGGAGGCGCUGCCAGCCAAGUGCCCUCGUAA